AUGAUAUCCUGCAAGGGAGGCGGAGUUCAUGCCUUGGUUCCUCCCCACCUCAUUCCACUCGCUAGGACCACUAGGGGCGUUCUUUCUUACUUCCGUCCAGAGCUGAUCCCUUGUUGGUUGACGCUGUGGUUUUACUUAUUUUUCCUAUUUAUUUGUUUUUCUUCUCUAUUUUCUCUUUUAUUUUCUAUAACUUUUUCUAACCUUUUCUUUUCCUUCAUUUCUUAUUCUGACAUUUUCAAUUCCGCUUUUCCUUUACUUCCUCUUCCGCUUCAUUUUUUUUUAUACAACUCCCUAUUUCUUAAUUCUGUCUUUUUAUUCAACUUCCUCCAUUUUGCCUCUGUUUUUCUCUCUUCCUCCUCCGCCUCUUCCUCAUCCUUGCGUUUCUUUUCUCUCUACACGUUUCUUUUUGUUCAACUUCCUUCAUUUUCCCUUUGUUUUUCUCUCCUCCUCCUCCUCAUUCUUCCGUCCCUUUUCUCUCUACACAAGUGUCUUUUUAUUCAACUUCCUCCAUUUUGCCUCUGUUUUUUUUUUCCUCUUCCAUCUUUAAUCAUUCCUUUUCUCUUAUGCAUUCUUGAUUUUCUACUUUCCAUCUUAAACAACUUUUCUUCUUAUUUUCUAUCUCAUCCCUUGAUGUUUCAUCUCUUUUACCAACGUUUCUCUCUCAUCAAUAACCAUUCGUUUGACACCUCACAACAGUUUCCUCAACACCUACCGCCAUUUUGGAUUUAUGGAAGGCAGAAAAAUGAACUCAAGACAACAUACUACACUGUUCAACUCAAGGGAGACUAUUAA